AAUAGUUGAUGUACACAAAGUCAUAGAGAGACACAGACAAAGAUUACAUAAAGGAAAAAACACUAAUGUCAAGUUAUGUUCUGAAGUAGUCACUACUUUAGCCGGUGUGAGACUCACGAGAGAAGCAAGGAAAAGAAAGGGUCACAGGAGUCACAAGAAAAGGGCACACCAAGUUGAAGGAAGCAGAGAAUGGAGACAAGUUCAAGUUCAGGGAAUAGAAGUGGUGGAAACGGACAGGUUCUAGAUGGUUCCAAUAUUAUGGAGUUGGUUGGAAACGAGGAAGUUUUCAGCAGCUUCGUGGACCAUAAGUUUCAUGAGUUGGAUAAGGACAGAGAUGGCAAACUCUCUGUGAAGGAACUUCAACCUGCGGUUUCUGAUAUUGGUGCUGCUCUUGGUUUACCUGCUCACGGCACUAAUCCUGAUUCUGAUCACAUCUAUUCUGAGGUCUUGAAUGAAUUCACACAUGGGAAGCAAGAAAAAGUAAGCAAGAUUGAGUUCAAGGAGGUUCUCUCUGACAUUCUAUUGGGCAUGGCUGCUGGACUGAAGCGAGACCCAAUUGUGAUACUUCGCAUUGAUGGGGAAGAUCUUCUUGAGUUUGUUAAUGGUCCAAGUUAUGAAUCAGAAAUGGCAUCCAUAUUCUCUCUGAUUGAAUCCCCUGAUCAUGGAUCACUUCAUGAUCAUAUAAUUGAAGCUCUGGGCAAACUCUCUGUUGAUCAAGGGAUUCCUCCUACAUCAGAUUCUUGGGUUUUAAACAACAUUGUGGAACCAGCAAUGCUAUCUCAAGAUGGCUCUGAUUUGGAUAAGCCUGUUUCUCAGGAGACAUUUUUGGAGGAAUUUAAGAAAGUGGCAUUGAGUGUGGCUGAUCGUCUUAAGGAGCAACCUGUUAUAGUUGCUCACAGUGAAAGCACCUUUGAUGGAACUGGUGUUAAGAGAUUAUUAUCCAACAAGUUUGAAUUAGACAAGACUUUGAACUCAGCUAUUGAGAAUUUGCCUAGAGAUCGAAAUGGGAAAAUGUCAAAGGAGUAUCUAAGGGUGGCUCUGGACGUGGUGGCUCCAUCUGCUGGUUUACCUCCAGUUGGUGCAAUUCAAGAGAUGGAUAAGGUUAUUAGCGAAGUCCUUAAGAUGAUGAAUGCAGACGAUGCAAAGAGUGUCAAAGAAGAUGAGUUCAAGAAAAUUUUAACUGAAAUACUGGGGAGUAUCAUGUUGCAGUUGGAGGGUAAUCCCAUAUCAGUUUCUACAAAUUCUGUAGUGCAUGAGCCUCUAGGCUCAUCUUCUACACUUCUGCAGCCAUCUUCUAGUGAAACAGCAUAGCUGUGUCUUAAGUAUAUGACGGGUAAAAGAACCGAGAAACAUAAUAAAAAGUUUUAUUUUAUGUAAAUUAUUACUAGCAUAAUUCGUGUUUUGAGCUGUCAAAUUUAAAUGCUGUGUGGCUAUUUUAUGAAUCUGAAAAAUAUAGAAUGCGAUGGAGAAGGAAAAAUCAGUACUCAAUUACCCCUAGGUGGGCUUUGAUGGUCACUUCCCCUUGUACUUUAAACAUCUUUCAGGCUGUUUGAUCGCAACACAAAAAGAGAAAGAUGCUUUAUUUUAUUAGAAUGCAUGCUU